AUGGAAAAUAGGAACAAUGUGACAAAGCUUGUUCUCCUGGGGCUCACACAAAAUCCUGAAAUGCAAAAAGUUCUAUUUGUCCUAUUCUUACUCAUCUACAUUGCAACAGUAUUGGGCAAUCUGCUUAUCAUGGUGACCAUUGCAGCCAGCAGGUCACUUGGUUCCCCCAUGUAUUUUUUCCUGGCUUAUUUAUCAUUUAUAGAUCCUGUCUAUUCUACUAUCAUUGCUCCCAAAAUAAACACUGACUUGCUUCAUGAGAAAAAGACUAUUUCCUUCCAGUAUUGUAUGACUUAAGUCUUUAUAGAUCAUUUAUUUGCUGGUGCUGAAGUCAUUCUUCUGGUGGUGAUGGCCUAUGACCAAUAUGUAGCCAUCUGCAAACCUCUUCAUUAUUUGAUCAUCAUGAAUCGGAGGGUAUGUGUCCUCAUGCUGCUGGUGGCCUGGACUGGAGGCUUUCUGCACUCCCUGGUUCAAUUGCUCUUUAUUUAUCAUCUCCCUUUCUGUGGUCCCAAUGUGAUUGACAACUUUGUCUGUGACAUGUACCCUUUACUGAAACUUGCUUGCACUGAUACCCACCUCAUUGGAUGCUUCAUGAUAGCUAAUGGAGGGGCAAUUUGCACUGUUGUCUUCUUCAUCCUCUUAGUGUCCUAUGGGGUCAUAUUACACUCCCUGAAGACUCAUGGUUUGGAAGGAAAUCACAAAGCCUUCUACACCUGUGUAUCCCAUAUGAUGGUGGUCAUUUUAUUCUUUGUUCCCUGUAUUUUCCUGUAUGCCAGGCCUAAUUCGAUCCUACCCAUUGAUAAAUCCAUGACUGUGGUUUUAACUUUCAUAACUCCCAUGUUGAACCCUUUAAUCUACAACCUGAGAAAUGCAGAAAUGAAAAAUGCCAUGAGGAAACUUUGGAGUAAAAAUGUGACCUUAGUUGGAAGAGAUUGUGUAGGAUAUGAUAUUCUUUUUUUUUUUUUUUUUUUAGAGAGAAUCAAAGAAUAUUUUCAAUAUCAGUGA